AUGACCUCCAAACCAGCCUCCUUCCACGAUGAAGGCCAAAUGGCCAAACCCACUGGCCUCGACGCCAUCCACACCGUUCGGAUUCCCCUGACCGAAGAGGACAGCAAGCGCAUCUGUCGCAAGACCGACCGUGUUAUUCUCGUUAUUCUGGUUUGGGUAUACUUCCUUCAGAUUCUGGAUAAAUCUGUGCUCGGGUACGGCGCCACAUUUGGGCUCCAAGCCGACGCUCACCUCACGGGCAACCAGUACUCGCUUGUUGGAUCAAUCGCCCCUAUCGCUCAGCUGGCCUGGCAACCAUUCUCAUCGUUCUUGAUUGUCAAAGUACCGCAUCGGAUUCUGAUGCCUUCCUUGGUCCUCGGAUGGGGCAUCGCGCAGACAUGCAUGGCGGCAUGCCAUAGCUUUGGCGGCUUAAUGGCCGCGCGGUUCUUCCUCGGCCUUUUCGAGGCUGGCUGCUUGCCACUGUUCUCCAUCAUCACGAGUCAAUGGUAUCGUCGUGCGGAGCAGCCGAUCCGUGUCGCGGCCUGGUACAGUACCAACGGGUUGGCGACGAUCGUGGCCGCCGCCCUGUCCUACGGCCUGGGACACAUCAAGUCGGAUCUGCUCAAGGAAUGGCAGAUUAUCUUCCUCUUCGUCGGCCUCAUCACGGUCAUCUCCGCCCCUAUCGUCUACUGGAAAAUGGACAACGACAUCGUUUCCGCCCGGUUCCUGACCGAACAAGAGAAACUGCAAGCGAUGGAACGGCUCCGCGCGAACCAGACUGGCGCCGGAAGCCGCGAAUUCAAGCUCUCGCACGUCGUCGAAGCCGGCCUCGAGCCAAAGACAUACCUAUGGAUCGCGAUGGCCAUGCUCCUCAAUAUCGGCGCCAGCGUGACCAACGUCUUUGGCCCGCUGAUCCUCAAGGGUCUCGGUUUCAACAAGUACACCACCACCUUGCUGAACAUGCCAUUCGGCGCUCUACAAUGGAUCGUGAUCCUGCUGGCUAGUUACCUGGCGCAAAAGGCCCGGUUGAAGGGCGCGGUCCUGGCGGCGUUCAUGGUACCAGUCGUGGCCGGGCUGGCGAUGCUGCAUGCUCUGCCGCGCAAUGGGUCAGUGCAGGGCGCGCUGAUGGCGGGAUACUAUCUGCUUGCAUUCCUGUUUGCCGGGAAUCCGCUGGUGGUGUCGUGGAUGGUUGGCAAUACGGCCGGUAUGACGAAGAAGUCGGUCGUGAUGAGCCUGUACAAUGCGGCGAGUGCGGCUGGUAAUAUCGUCGGACCGCUCCUGUUCAGCUCGGCGGAUGCGCCGACGUACCAUCCCGGUCUGCAAGCUUGUCUGGGGAUUUUUGUGGCGCUGGUCGCUGUUGUCUUGAUCCAGUGGGCUGAUCUGGUCCUGUUGAACAAGCUGCAGGAGAAGAAGCGGGUGCGGAAUGGGAAGCCAGCCAAGAUGGUGGAUCGCUCGAUGGAGGAUCACUAUCACGGCGCGGGAGGCGAUGAGGAGAGUAUGCAGGAGGAGAUGGGCAACAAUGGACUGCUGGAUGUCACUGACCGGGAUAAUGACGAGUUUGUAUAUAUCUAUUAG